AUUGAUUUUCCUGAGACCUUACAAACUCCUCGGUUUGAAAUCCUUCAUUGCUUCUAAACCAAUUUGUUUAUGGUUGUCAACACACAGCCAUAAUAAUGACAAAAUUUCGUAUCAUUUUACUGUAACAUGUGUUAUCGAAACUCCGCCUGUAGCUUUUCUAGAGUUACUGCCGGUCGCAAGCCCGCAUAAAGGAGAAGGGUUUGGCAUGGGGUUAGAGACCCCAUCCCAUAGAAAACUAUCUCGCUAAAAUAACGCUAACCAGAAAAAAUAAUUCAAACCAUUUUAACUCUGUCCUGGGAGUUAGAAGGUCCUCAUUUAGAAGAACUGUGACGCCUCAUGGUGAAAGCCGAGUUCCUUCGGAAGCCAUGAGGCUGAUUCCCCUUCUAACAACUAGAGCAACAAUUUUUAUAGGUACAUGGAACGUACGGACAAUGUGGGAGACCGGGAAGACCAGUCAAAUAGAAACGGAAAUCAGGAGAUACAACUUGGCAGUACUGGGAAUCAGCGAAACCCAUUGGACCCUAGCUGGACAACAAAGGCUCAAUAUGGGAGAGAUGCUGCUAUACUCCGGUCACGAAGAGGAAACUACUCCACACACUCAGGGAGUUGCUCUAAUGCUGUCCAAAGUAGCACGAAAUGCACUUGUAGGAUGGGAAUCUCACGGAUCCAGAAUCAUCAAAGCAUCAUUCAAAACAAAGAAGGAGGGGAUCACAAUGAAUAUCAUCCCAUGUUAUGCACCAACCAGUGAUAGCAACGACGAUAUUAAAGAUCAAUUCUAUGAGAGGCUGCAAUCAAUCAUAGAGAAAUCCCCAAGAAAGGACCUCACCAUUCUGAUGGGAGAUCUAAACGCCAAAAUCGGAAUAGACAACACUGGAUAUGAAGAUAUCAUGGGACGAAAUGGACUGACUGGGAGAGAGAAACGAAAAUAGGGAAAGAUUUGCAAAUCUGUGUGCAUUCUACAAAUUGGUCAUAGGAGGCACAAUAUUUCCACACAAACGUAUAUACAAAGCUACAUGGAUCUCACCGGACCACACCACAGAGAACCAGAUAGAUCAUAUUUGCAUCAAUAAAAAAUUCCGAGGGACAAUGGAAGAUGUGAUAACUAGGAGAGGAGUUGACAUAGCUUCAGAUCACCACCUAGUUGUGGCCAAUUUAAAUCUGAAGUUAAAGAAGAACUGGACAACUGGACAAACAGCACUACAAAGGUUCAAUACAGACUUCCUUCGAGAUACUGACAAACUCAAUGAAUUCAAGAUAGCUCUCAACAACAGGUUCCAAGCCUUACACAAUCUACUGAAGGAAGAAGAAACUACUAUGGAGGACAACUGGAAAGGUAUCAAGGAAGCAUUAACUCCAACGUGUCAAGAGGUUCUGGGCCUCAAGAAGCAUCAUCAUAAGGAAUAGAUCUCUAUAGAACUACUAGACAAGAUCAAAGAAAGGAAUAACAAGAAGA